AUGAACCGGCAGCAAGCUGCAGAGAAGGCAUUGCAUGACCAGACAAACAUCCUUCCCAAGGGUCAGCUGCUGGUUGUCUUCGCGGGUCUCGCCUGCUCCCUGCUCAUCACGUUCGUGGAUCAAAAUGGCAUCAGCGUCACGCUUCCCACGAUCGCCAAGGAUCUUGAUGCCCAGAACACGAUCUCCUGGGCGGGCACCUCCUCGCUCAUCGCCAACACCAUGUUCACGGUGCUAUACGGCCGUCUGUCAGACAUCUUCGGCCGCAAGAUUGUGUACCUGUUCGCGCUGGCGCUGCUCUGCAUCGCCGACCUACUGUGCGGUCUGUCCCAGAACGCGGCCAUGUUCUACGUCUUUCGAGGCCUGGCCGGUGUAGCAGGCGGCGGCGUGACGUCGCUCACCAUGAUCAUUGUGUCGGACGUGGUGUCGCUGCGAGAACGAGGCAAGUACCAAGGUAUUCUGGGUGCGUCGCUGGGACUGGGGAAUGUAAUCGGCCCGUUCAUCGCGGCCGCGUUCAUCAUGAAGUCGACGUGGCGAGGGUUCUUCUGGCUGAUCUCGCCGCUGUCGGCCUGCUCGAUCGUUGUGGGCUACUUUCUAAUCCCGAAUAAUACGCGCAAAGACGGCCUUCGGGAGAACCUGCGCCGGAUUGACUUCUUCGGCAUCAUCGCGUCCUCGGUCGGUAUCAUCUUCUUGCUGAUUCCCAUCUCUGGCGGCGGGUCCUAUUUUGAAUGGAACUCGCCAAUGGUGAUUAGUAUGCUGGUGAUCGGCGGCUGCUCUUUAAUUGCAUUUAUUUUCAUCGAAUGGAAAGUGGCGAUACUGCCCAUGCUUCCUGUGGUGUUUUUCAAGAAUAAAGUCAUCUGCGCUCUUUUCCUGCAAAGUUUCCUGCUCGGCGCGGUGUAUCAAUCCUACCUCUACUAUUUGCCGCUUUACUACCAGAAUGCCCGCCAGUGGUCGCCUGUCAUAUCUGCCGCAUUGACAUGCCCCCUUGUCAUCUGCCAGUCGCUCGUAUCCAUUCUGUCCGGCCAGUAUAUCUCCCGACGCAAGCGCUACGGCGAGGUCAUCUGGGGUGGAUUCGGAUUUUGGACCCUCGGCGCCGGCCUCAUCCUCCUCUUCGACCCGACCACCAACCCAGGCGUCAUCGCCGUCAUCGUCGCCAUCGUCGGCAUUGGCGUCGGCGGCGUCUUCCAACCAACCCUCGUGGCCUUCCAAGCGCACUGCACCAAAUCGCAACGCGCCGUCGUCAUCUCCGACCGCAACUUCUUCCGCUGCCUCGGCGGUGCCUGUGGACUCGCCGUCUCCGCGGCCCUGUUGCAGGCGACGCUCAAGUCGAACCUGCCGAGUGGGUUCGAGCAUCUGGCUCAUUCGACGUACUCGUUGCCGGCGCGAGAGGGCGUCUCGGAUGCAGACUGGUCGCAGAUCUUGAAUGCUUAUGCGAAGGCGUCGCGGAGCGUGUUUAUUCUGCAGGUGCCGCUUAUCGGGGUGUGUUUUAUCGCUUGUCUACUGAUUCGGGAUCGGGGGUUGGAGAGGCCGAAAGAGCCUGGGGAGGAAGAGGAAGAGAAGAAGGAUCGAGAGGGGGCGCAGGUGCCUGAGAAUCGUGUCGAGGGACAGGAACUGCGGCCGUCUGAUCCUGAAACAGGUGAUCAAGGGCCUGCACGCCCUCAGAGGCCAGGGUUGGAUCCGGAGAAGCAUGCUUCGCCCGGAGGGGGACGCGUUCAAUUGGGUCUGACCGCCGCUGACCGGACUGCAACAACUUAG